AUGUAUGACUAUAUCUGUGGCAAUAUAGAUAAUAAUGCCAAUGUAAGAGUAUAUGAAAAUUCAAUAUUAUCCGGUUGUGUAUGUACUGGUGGUGGGAUAUUAUUUUCAAUUAUUAUUGAUUUAAAAUCAUUAUCAAAAGGAAUUAAUUGGCAAAAUACACGACGUCUUAUUUAUGGAAAUUUAGUAGCAGCUACAUCUGAUAAUUUUGAUACAAGUUGUUUUCUUCUAAGUGUUGAAGAUCGUUCAAAUAUAAGUAUAGAUGGUACAAUACAUGUUCGAUGUCAAAAAGAAUUAGGUGAUAAUAAAAUGAUGAAAACACCUAUUGGUACAAAAUUAACAUUACUUGAAACAACUGCAUACUUUGAAGCUUAUCGACCAAUUUUAUCAGCAUUACAAUCGAUAAAAGAUGAUAAAAUACCCUUAUCAUCUUAUUUACUCGGCUGUAAACAAGAUAUUGCAUUACCAGCAUAUUUUGAAAAUAAUUAUACUCUUGAUUUUACAAAUAUAAUUACAAAUAAUGUUCACAUAGGUGAUAUACGAGAUAUUAGUACAUGGCCAACAGCUGAUCAAUUUGGAUUAGAUCAUAGUCAAUAUAAAGCAUUACAACAAGCAUUAACACAAUGUGUGGGAAUAAUACAAGGUCCACCGGGUACUGGUAAAACACACAUUGGUGUUAAACUAACAGAAAUUUUUUAUCAUAAUCGAGAAAAUUUAUUGAUAUCUAAAACUAUACCAUCUACUGGUUCUAAACCAAUAUUAAUGGUAUGUUAAAGUUUGCUUUUCUCAUAAUAAUUGUUUCUUAUGUUUCUUUUCAAAAAAAAGAGUUGCAGAUAUACAUUUUUUGCAUAGCAGGCGGCCAUGUAAGCCUUGUGAGCUCUAAGCGUGCUGAUUAUUUCCUGGCCUUGGGAAGUGAAUGAAAACUUUUGGAAUGAUGAUUUUCCAGGUUGAAACGAAAAGCGUUUUGAAUAUAAGCGCCUACGGGCGUC